AUGAAGUGGUUCAAGCCAUUGGGUGAAGCAUCAUCAUCAGCUCCUAAGGAGGUUCACACUGGAAAUGGCAAACUCAAACAACCGAAUGAAGAGGGUGUGGAAAGUCCUGAACUGCUCAGCCUAGAAAUUGAUGAGAAUGCUGAAGGUACAAGUAAAAGAAAAAGAAAAAGGAGAAAGUAUCCGGAAUGGCAUGGACUGCAUGAUCUGAAAGAGAAGAUUGAAAUACAUGUGGGACAAUUAUUUGCAAACCCAUCUAACUUUAAAGAGGCACUACAGCUGUAUGCAGUACAAAAUUGCUUCGAUUACACAUACAUGCAUAACGACAAAAAGCGUGUUUCAGCCUAUUGUAAGCAAAAAUGUGGAUGGAGAGUAUAUGCAUCAUGGAAGAGUAAUACAAAAUACUUUCAAAUAAAGACAUUAGAAAAAGUUCAUAAUUGUGGAAGUCAUUACUACAAUAAAAGAGUGUCAAUCAAGUGGGCAGCAAACCGAUACAUCGAUAACUUCAGAGAUCAACCAAAUUGGAAGGCUAGUGCUUUGAAAGAGGCGGUUCGAAGGGAUUACAAUGUGGAGCUAACUUUGCUUGCUUGCUACCGUGCCAAACGAAUGGCAUUGAAGUUAUUAGCCAGAUCAGAUGAUGGGCAAUACAAAUUUACGAGAGCGUAUUGUAAUGCACUACGUCAGUGGAAUCCCGGUAGCUCAACUUACAUACAAAGAAAUGGGAUAUUCUUUAAAAGGAUAUACGUUUCCUUAGAUGCUUGUAAGCGGGGUUUCUUGGCUGGAUGUAGGCCGAUGAUAUGUGUGGAUGCCUGCUUUAUGAAAGGUCAGCAUGGUGGGCAACUGCAUGCUGCCAUUGCACGGGAUGUGAAUGAUAACAUCUUCCCAAUAGCAUAUGCUUUAUGCGAGACUGAAAGUAGAGGCACAUGGACAUGGUUUUUGAACACUUUGUUGGAGGAUAUUGGGAAUCCAAGGGAGCACAAGUGGUCAUUUAUGUCGGACAGACAAAAGGGGCUGAUGGAAGCCAUAGAGUACCUGAUGCCUGAUGUGGAACACAGGCUAUGUGUUCGACAUUUGCAUGCAAACUUCAAGAACAAGAGUUACAAGGGCAAAGCGUACAAGGAUGCAUUGUGGGGUGCAGCUUGA